AUGGAUGUCCUUGCCUUUAGCAUAGAGAAGGAGCUUCUUUUUAUUUUGUUGUCCUCUUCGUAUUGGCUUUCGUUGCCAUCGGCCAUAGAAACACCCGAAACAUUGGCCAGUAUAGAUGCUGAUAUAAGCGUUGAUGCUGCAUUGAACGAGAAAUCGGAGUUAACACGUCUUCCUCGUGGUUAUGGAUUUGGAAGACGCGGUUACGGAGGCUACGGUGGUUAUGGUGGUCGUGGUUUUGGAGGCCUUGGUGGUUAUGGACGUCCCUUUGGUGGUGGAUUUGGUGGGUCGUACUCGAAUGCUUAUGCCAGUGCCGGUUCCAGUUCGUAUGGUUUUGGAAAAUAA